CACAUCCUGCUCGUCGGGAUUGAGACUUCCAUUUCCAUACCAUUGGUCACGAUUCCUCAGCGGUCAGGCAUGCUUUCUCGUGCCUCUCGAUAUUCUCAUCCAUGUUCUCAGAAAAAAGAGGAACUUCUCAUCCAUGGCAACAAUUAGUUAGGCAGAUGCAUACUUCAGGUGGGGAUGCAAAGCCAACUGCUGGCUUCCGGUGAAGACGGAGGACGAUCCUGAUUCCGCUCCGCUUGAGGCGAAAAUGGAGGAUCCCGUCACUGCUUCGCUCGGCCCCAUAGGUCGCCUCCUCCGGCGACUCCAUUCGCUGGAUGCUUCCCAACAGCCUCUGCCGGAGGGGCUCAGUGCGAACGGGGUCCGGCUUCUGAAAGAGGGCCUAGAAGGAUUGUGCGACCACCUCAAGGGUUUGCCGGAGGCAGAUCUGGACCCUGGCUUCACGCCCAAAUGGUGGGCCAAGGAGGUCCGGGAACUUGCUUACGACUCGGAGGACUUCUUCGACGAGGUUAUGCAGUCCGGUGCCGGCGGCGGCAUCGCCAGAAGCGCUCCUCUCAGUACCAUAUUCGGAGUUACCAGUAAGCGGAAGCGGCGCCUGCCCCAGAUUGCGCAAGAUUUCUCGCAUUUAAUGGCCCGUGUGGAUGAUGCCAGAGAAAGAUGCAAAAUUUUCCAGCUUGCUCCGGAGACAGCCAUCAAAUCUGACCAUGGACAAGCCAGUACCAGCCGCCACACCCCUGGACUGUCGAUAGACCUGCCGGUGUCGACCGCCGGCCGUAGCCUAGUUGGUGUCGAGGAACCCAUGAAGAAGCUUGUCAACUUGCUUGCUUUGGGCGACGACCAGCAGAAACAGCUCAAGGCGAUACCUAUCUUUGGAUCUGCAGGAGUUGGGAAAACGACAGUUGCCAGAGCGAUAUAUCAUCAGUUUGGAGAGGAAUUCCAGUGCCGGGCUUUUGUACGGGUGUCCCGGAAUCCUGAUAUGAGGAGGCUUCUCACCAGCAUCCUCUCACAAAUCAAGGCACCAGGGGCUCACACCUUUUCUGAUGCGCAGGACCUUAUUGACUGUAUCAUCAAACAUCUUCAUCAGAAAAGGUACUUCAUUGUUGUUGAUGAUUUAUGGGCAGCAUCAGUAUGGGAUAUUAUUAGCCGUGCUUUUCCUUAUGGUGAUUGUUGCAGCAGAAUACUGACAACCACACAGAUUGAGGAUGUAGCAUUGGCAUGUUCUGGUUAUGAGUCAGAGUACAUAUUUAACCUGGAACCUCUUAUUAACGAUGAAUCUCGAAAAUUAUUCUUCGAUACUGUUUUUGGCUCUGAAUGUGAAGGUGGUUGUCCUAAGGAAUUCGAAGUAGUUGUGGAUAGGAUUAUCAGGAAAUGUGGUGGUUUACCGUUAUCAACUCUAAAUAUAGCAAGCCUGUUGCUCCCAAGCAAACCAAACCCUGCAUUUCAGCAGUGGGAGAAGGUAGAAAGUUCUCUACCCUCCACUUUGAGGACAAAUCCUACUUCCAAUGGGAUGAAAGAUGUUAUAAUCCUUGUAUAUGAUAAGCUUCCACUUCAUUUGAAGACAUGCUUGCUCUAUGUUGGUAUGUAUCCAGAGGGCUACACAAUCAGUAAGGGUGAUUUGGAGAAGCAAUGGGUUGCUGAAAGUUUUGUCAGUGACACUGAGCAUGGUUACUUUAACGAGCUUCUCAGAAGAGGUAUGAUCCAACCGGUAGACACUAACUAUCACGGUGAGGUGUUGUCAUGUACAGUUAACCACAUGGUACUGGAUCUUAUCAGGCACAAAUCCAUGGAGAAUAAUUUCAUCAUUACUGUGAACUAUCUUGAAUCAACUAUAGGGCUUCCUGACAAGGCUCGUCGACUGUCCAUCCAGUUCGGAGGUGCAAAAAGUGUGAAGAUACCGGAAAGCAUCAGAAUGUCCCAAGUCCGAUCGCUUUUCUUCUGUGGAUUUUCUGGAUGUGUACCUUCCAUUCUGGAUUAUGGCCUUCUUCGAGUUCUAAUUCUUCAUAUUUGGGCUGAUCAAGACAAGAUGAGCUUUGACCUCACUGGAAUCGGUGAACUCUGUCGACUGAGAUAUAUCCAGGUUGAAUGUAAUAUCACUGUCAAUUUGCCAGACAAGAUUCAAGGGUUACGAUACUUGGAGACACUGCAAAUAGAUGGAAGACUAUCUGCUGUUCCAUCAGAUAUUGGAAAUUUGGAGAAAUUACGGCACCUCCGCCUUCCAAACCAGGCUAAUGUGAGGGACCUUGGUGGGCUGGUUAACCUUGAGGAUCUUCAUCUCACCUGUUCUACAGUACACCCAGUUGAUAAUUUGGAGGACAACAUGAAAUACCUGGGCACAGUUCUCGAGAAACUCAGCAACCUCAAAUCUCUAACUCUGACAUCUUUAGGCUCAUCUCCCGUAAAUACUUCGAGGAUGAGUAUUUCGUGCAAUGGCUUGAGCAGCGUGUCCCCUUCUCCAGCCCAUCUUGAGAGACUUGAGUUACUGCCGCGGAUUUGCAUCUUUCCCAGCCUCCCAAAGUGGUUCAAAACACUCAGCAAACUCUGUAGUCUGAAGGUAGCAGUUAGAGAGUUCUCAAACAGUGACAUUGAUAUCGUGAAAGGAUUGCCUGCCCUCACUGCUCUCUCGCUGUAUAUCCGGACUGCACCUGCAGAGAGGAUUGUCUUUAGCAAGGCAGGAUUUUCAGCUCUCAAGUACCUCAAGUUGAAGUGCAGUGAACCUUUGUUGAAAUUUGAGGCUGGUGCGAUGCCUAAUCUUUGGAAGCUCAAUCUAGUCUUCAAUGCCCAUGAAGUGCAGCAUGAUGCUGCACCUAUCUGCAUCGAGCACCUAGCAGGGCUUAAAGAGAUCUCCGCAAAAAUUGUGGGUGCAGUUGCUGCUGGCACAGAGUCUGCCUUGGGGAUUUAUGUUAGGAAUGAUCCAAAAAACCCGAAAAUCAACGAUCAACUGGUGAACUGGAAGUUCUUUGAGGACGAAGAUAGAAUUAUGGCGCCACCAAGGCAUGCAGGACCAAUUAUAGAAGAACUAGGUGAGAUCCUGGAGGAAAACACAGAAUAUGAGUACGAAGGGGAAGAUGAAAACAGACAGCAACCUGAUAGCGGGAUUUCUACGUUACUGGAGUCGCCGCCUGCGCCACCUUGGAGACCCCCUGAUAGGCGAUAUGGCUGGAGAAUCCUCUCUGUGUGGGCCAGGGCCAGGCCCACCAUGAAAACCGGACCCCAGACCAUCUUGAAAGCUGCCUAUGAAGGCAGCGACAGCCUCCCCUGGUGGCACCACCUUGCGCCAUCCAACACUGAUAAUGGGCAACUAACGAUUGCUUUCUUCAUCCAGUCCCUAGUUGUUGUGCAAAAUUUCCUUUACAAAGGAAUGUUCUCAAGGAGUCGCCGUAAACAUGAGAGUAGUCUUACUGCCAGCAGCAGUCCAACUUUUUUGGCUUCCAGACUUACUGGCGGCAGCAGUCAAACUUUUUCAGCUUCCAAGCCUUCAAGCGUGAACACCUUUUCAAGUGCGAACACUUCUUCAAGUGCUAACACUGGAUGUGAAAUCGUGCAGUCAGCCAAAGUUAAGGCCUUCAGCUAUAAUGCUCUCAGGUUUGCCACGAGGAACUUCUCUCCUGACAGCGUGCUCGGCGAAGGAGGGUUUGGAUCUGUCUAUAAAGGAUGGCUUGAUGAGCGUACAUUGUCAGCUUGCCAACCCGGUACAGGAAUACCUGUUGCUGUGAAAAAACUCAACCAGGAGGGCUUUCAAGGGCACGGAGAGUGGUUGGCCGAAAUUAAUUACCUAGGUCGGCUUUGCCAUCCCAACCUUCUGAAGUUAAUCGGGUACUGCAUAGAUGAUGAGUAUCGGGUGCUGGUGUAUGAGUGGAUGCCACGUGGGAGCUUGGACAAUCAUCUUUUCAGGAGAGGCUUUGAACCUCUUUCAUGGAACAUAAGGAUGAAGGUUGCACUUGGAGCUGCAAAAGGACUAGCCUACCUUCACAAUGCGGAGGUUAACGUUAUCUAUAGGGAUUUUAAGCCAUCUCAUAUUCUCCUUGACACCGAUUAUACUGCAAAACUCUCUGAUUUUGGAUUGGCAAAGGAUGGUCCUGUUGGUGAAGACAGUCAUGUGACCACAAGGGUAAUGGGAACAUAUGGUUAUGCAGCUCCAGAAUAUGUGUCAACAGGCCAUCUUACUGCAAAGUGCGACGUAUAUGGCUUCGGGGUUGUGCUUCUAGAGAUGAUGUGUGGUCGUCGCGCACUUGACACGAACCGUCCCCAGGCGGAGCGCAGUCUUGUUGAAUGGGCCCGGCCGUAUCUCACAAGCAAGCGCAAGAUCUUUCGUGUUGUUGAUAUAAAGCUAGGAGGCCAAUACUCGCUCAACGGGGCGCGAAAAAUCGGCAACCUUGCUGUCGCGUGCUUGCACGUCGAACCUAAUAUGAGGCCGACCAUGGAUUACGUGGUCUCUGUUCUAGAAGGGGUUCAAGACUCCAGCGACCCACGCAAGAAACAAGCAGUAGAGAAGCAUCAAGAACCCAAGUCUGCCGGCAGAAUGACACCGCCCAGCGCGAACACGCGUACUUCAGAACAACCCAGAGUCUGAACCUGUGUUAUCUACUCCCGCCGCCCCAUAAUGUAAGAUGUUUUUCAACACUAACACUAGUGUAGUGUCAAAAAGUGUCUUAUAUUAUGGGAUGGAGGAAGUAGCUAGCUAGGGUGAUGGUCUGAAAAUGUCCUGAGUACGCCAGUUACAUGGAUGUAUUUGUGUGUCGUUGAAUUCUUGGCAGCGGAGCUCAUGCUGCCGAGUACUCACUGUCUUGCAUGUGUCGUCCA